AUGGAUGGAAUUCUCAAGGAUUAUGAUGUAACUAUCAAAUACCAUCCUGGUAAGGCAAAUGCUGUGUUUGGCAUUUCUGAAAGUGGUGGGUUGUUAGCUAGCGUUGAAGCUAAGUCCAUGUUCAUAGAGGAAAUCAAGGACAAACAAUUUGAAGACGGAGAAUUAGAUGAGAUUAGAACAAAAAAUGCAACAGGUAAGUCUCAAAGAACAACUCUAGAUGCUAAUGGUGUGCUCAACUAUAAGGGUAGAAUGUGUGUUCCAAGAGUUGAGAAUUUGAUUCUUAGGUUAUUGGCGGAGGCUCAUGGCUCGCGCUAUUCUAUUCAUUCGAGCGUGACCAAGAUGUAUAGAGAUCUGAAACGAGUGUAUUAG